ACCAUGAAAGCCAAAGACUCUCUUUCAUCAACUGUUUUUUUUUUUAUUUUUCCUAUAAGUAAAACAUUCUUCUCUCUUUUAUUCAACUCGCUAUCUUCUUCACUUCACACAAUGUCUUCCGCAAGAUUUUUAUCUCUCCUCUCCGUAGUCACUCUCUCUCUUUUCCUCACCCCGACCGAUGCUUCCUCUCGCUCUCUACCAACAUCACACGAAACGACCGAACUCAACGUCGUUUCAUCUCUCCAGCAAACACAACACAUCCUCUCAAUCGACCCCACUCGCUCCUCACUCACCGCCACCACCACACCCGAAUCCAUCCCGGUCUUCCUCAACUCCUCCUCUCCACUAUCCCUCGAGCUUCACUCCCGAGACACUCUCCUCGCGUCACAACACAAGAACUACAAGAGCCUAGUACUGAGCCGACUCGAGCGAGACUCGUCCCGAGUCGCCUCCAUCAUCUCCAAAGUCAGACUCGCCGUCGAGGGUACCGACAGCAGCGAGACCCGUUACCAACCCGAGGAGCUAACGACGCCCGUCAUCUCGGGAGCCAGCCAAGGAAGCGGCGAGUACUUCUCACGGCUCGGUGUCGGUACCCCGGCGAAGGAGAUGUACAUGGUGCUCGACACCGGAAGCGACGUGAACUGGAUCCAGUGCAAACCCUGCUCCUCCUGCUACCAACAAUCCGACCCGAUAUUCGACCCGAGCUCUUCCUCCACGUACAAGUCCCUCACCUGCUCCGCUCCUCGGUGCGCUUCUCUAAGAGCCUCCGCUUGUGGCUCCGGCAAAUGCCUCUACCAAGUCCGUUACGGAGACGGAUCCUUCACCGUUGGUGAAUACGCUACCGAUACGGUGACGUUUGGCAGCUCAGGUAAAGUAGACAACGUUGCGUUAGGGUGCGGUCGUCAUAACGAAGGACUCUUCACCGGAGCAGCCGGUUUACUCGGUUUAGGAGGCGGAGCCUUGUCGAUGACGAGCCAGAUCAAAGCCAAGUCUUUCUCCUACUGCCUCGUCGACCGCGACUCGGGCAAAUCGUCGAGCCUCGACUUCAACUCGGUGCAGAUCGGCGCCGGAGACGCGACGGCUCCGCUUCUCCGCAACAGCAAAGUCGACACUUUCUACUACGUCGGGCUCACCGGGUUCAGCGUCGGCGGUCGGCAGGUCUCCGUCCCCUCGCCGGUGUUCGCCGUCGACGCUUCGGGCGGCGGAGGAGUGAUCCUGGACUGCGGAACCGCCGUGACUCGGCUCCAGACUCAGGCCUACGACUCGCUGCGCGACGCGUUCGUCAAGCUCACGGCGGAUCUCAAGCGGGGGACGUCGAGCAUCUCUCUGUUCGACACGUGCUACGAUUUCUCGUCUCUCUCCACCGUGAGAGUCCCGACGGUGGCGCUGCAUUUCACCGGCGGGAAGACGCUUAAUCUCCCGGCGAAGAAUUACUUGAUUCCGGUCGAUGACGCCGGGACGUUCUGCUUCGCUUUUGCUCCGACGUCUUCUCAGUUGUCGAUCAUCGGGAACGUGCAGCAGCAGGGGACACGUAUCACUUACGAUCUAGCGAAUCGUCUUAUCGGGUUGUCAGCUAAUAAAUGCUAAACAAGUUUAUGAUGAUUAGUAGUUUUACGGAUAUCAAAGUAAAACUCUUUUUAGUUCUUGGUUGUUUAAUGAAAAAUAAAAUAUGAAGUGUGAAUUUCUUUUUUC